AGGCCCCGGCCCAGCAUGGUCCAGGCCUGUGGGGAGUGCUCCAGAGCUCAGCCGAGGGCUCUGCCACAGGGGGCCACCAUGGCCCAGCCCCCUGCUCCCAGCUCUACAGUCAAGAAACACAUCAGACUGCAGGAGAGGAGAGGCUCCAGUGUGGCUCUGAUCUUGGAUGUGAGCUCUCUGGGGGCAGUGGAGCCCAUCUGCUCAGUGUCUACGCCCCGAGAGCUCACUCUCCACUUCUUAAAGACCACUAGGCACCCCCUCACCCGCUGGGCCCUGCAGCACCAGCCACCCAGCCCUAAGCAACUGGAGGAAGAGUUCUCGAAGAUUCCCCCAAACUUUGUCAACCCUGAAGAACUGGACAUUCCCGGCCAUGCCUCUAAGGACCGAUACAAGACCAUCCUGCCAAAUCCCCAAAGCCGUGUCUGUCUUGGGAGGGCACAGAGCCAAGAGGAUGGGGACUACAUCAAUGCCAACUACAUCCGAGGCUAUGACGGUCGUGAGAAAGUUUACAUUGCAACCCAGGGCCCCAUGCCUAAUACUGUGUCUGACUUCUGGGAAAUGGUGUGGCAAGAGGAAGUACCUCUCAUUAUCAUGCUCACCCAACUUCGAGAGGGCAAAGAGAAAUGUGUUCAUUAUUGGCCUACAGAGGAGGAAACCUAUGGGCCAUUCCAGAUACGGGUCCAGGAAGUGAAUGAACGCCCAGAAUAUAUUGUCCGGCACCUUACCAUUCAGUACCAGGGGGAGUGUCGCUCAAUAAAGCACAUCCUCUUCUCUGCCUGGCCUGAUCACCAGACCCCGGAGUCAGCUGGGCCCCUCUUACGCCUGGUGGCUGAAGUGGAGGAGAACCCAGAUACAGCAGCCAGCUCUGGGCCUAUUGUGGUUCAUUGCAGUGCUGGGAUUGGCCGGACUGGCUGCUUCAUUGCCACACGGAUUGGCUGCCAACAGCUGAAGGCUCGAGGGGAAGUAGACAUCCUGGGCAUCGUAUGCCAGCUUCGGCUAGACAGGGGGGGUAUGAUCCAGACCAGUGAGCAAUACCAAUUCCUGCACCACACCCUGGCCUUGUAUGCUGCCCAGCUGCCUGAGGAACCAAAUCCCUGA